CUGACAAGUUUCAGUUUCCCUCUCCAAGUUUAAUGCAGCGUGACAAGUAUGCGUGGCUUACUUGAGGGGAAAUUAGAUGCAAAAACUACCACUAAUGCAGCAGUAAAGGUGAGAUUCAGGUUCAUGAUAUUCAGGAAAUUCCAGAGGUUGAGAUUUUCUACCACAAAGUGAAUGUAGUCAGAUUAACAAUCAAUACAGGAAGGCCUGGAGCCACAAAGUGUCCAUUAUAGGUUCCUUACUCUUCAGGGACUGAGCUUGAGAUGUCUUGAGCUGAUUUUAUAAACCUUUCAAGAUGACCGUUAAAAAUGUUGGCCUUGAUACUUUAAAGUGGAGAGGAGCCUGAACCUCUUUGGGACAGCAUGUGGGGCAAGGAGUUGGGGCCUGUCUGACACAGCUCUCACACAUGUCAUCUCCUUCCAGAAGAAGUUCAACAAUAUAACUUCCUUACCCUGACUCCCUAGCACUGGAGGAAUCAUAUGUAGAAGUCCCCAUGAGCACCAGUCAUGGUCAUUUCCAGAGCCCUCAAUUUGAAAAAUGGGAUCCAGUAGGAGGAAGGUGGUCAGUUGUGCUCUAGAGUCAGCUGUAGGGGAAUCUAAGAGCAGAACUAAUAAUUCAACACACCAAACAUCUGACAGCCCCUCUGCCUAUGAUAAACACAAUCAGUUUGGCAUGAUCCCUGAGAGGAUCACUAGCUAGUACAAUGGUUGGUACCGUAUAAAUUCUGUAGCUACUGAGAUGGCUGGCUGGGGCGAGCGAGUUUGUUUAUGGGGAGGGACCUUGCUUAUUUGGUACCUGUUCAAGGAGCACAACAUAUCUUUUUAUUAAAGGUUGUGCUCCUCUCCAGAGGCAUGUAGGAAGGGUACAACUUAUAAAUAGAAGGAUUAUGUUGCUUUCCUUUUCCCCCGAUAACACCGCCUCUGUUUAUUGCAUUUCAAGCAUACUUUAAUAAUGAAAGAGAAACUGAGGCUGAAGGAAGCUGGAUGAAUCGGAUGAUUGGGAAUGGGUUACAGUACUUUUUUCCAUUUCAGGCUUGGGACUCUUAAGCAAAGACUGCCAGCUGUACAUGAUUUUUCAGAGUCUUGUGAUGUGCAAAAAUACUUGCUAGGGCCCAAGACUAAUUUUUUUGUGCAAGGAUCUCAAAGUACUGUGCUAAUUAAGCCUCGCAACCCCCAGUGGCAGAGAGAUAUUCUCCCUAUUUGUCAGAAGAGGAAACUAAGGCACAGGCUGAAUUUAAGAAAGGGCUGAGCACCACAGCUUCCAUUUAAUGGGAGAUUCAGGUCUGCAGCACUGCUGAAAAAUCCCUUGUCUAAGACCACAGGUGGAAUCAGAAUUAGAACUCAGCAGCUCCUUGAUCUCAGGACAGUGGUUGCGCUUAAAAGGCCCUGGUGCGCUUCCUUGAAAUGAAGGGACUCCUACAGAGCAUCAUUCCAACUGUGUUUAUAACCCAUGUAAUAUAUGCAGAAAGCAAAGUCCAGUUGAAAAGUCCAGCAAAACACCUGCCAACUCAGCCAGAGAAAGGAUGGAAAAAGGCAUUAGCAGAUUUUUUGAAAGGAUUACCAGUUUACAACAAAAGCAACUUCAGUAGAUUUCAUGCAGACUCUGUAUGUAAAGCAUCCAACAGAAGACCGUCAGUAUAUCUUCCCACAAGGGAAUAUCCAUCUGAACAAAUCAUAGUAACAGAAAAGACAAACAUACUUUUGCGUUAUCUACAUCAGCAAUGGGACAAAAAGAAUGCAGCAAAGAAGAGAGAUCAAGAGCAAGUGGAAAUAGAAGGUGAGAAUUCGGCACCACCACGGAAAAUUGCUCGGACAGACAGCCAGGACAUGAAUGAGGACACUUAAACUCUUGCUCUCUCCUACACUAUUUUGCAGGCGCUUCCUGUUUUGUCUCAAAAUGUGUAAAUUUCCAUGCCCCUUCCCCCCCCCCCCCACUAUGCAGCCCAAACCACUUCUGACUUCAUAGGAGCCAAUGUAUUUAUUUUUUCUCCAGUUUUUAUUUAUGCUGUAAAACGUACGGAGCAAUCGAUGGUGGAACAAGUCAGCAAAUGAUGUAGUGUAACUUUAAUCCUUUUUAAAAAAAACAUACAUUAUCACUUUUUCAGAUUUCGUUAAAUCUGUUGCUUAAUUAACCCAGUUUGCCAUGGAAGCCUGGAGAGGAGACAUGAAUUUACGGCAUGCAAAUUCCAGUGGUAUAGGCUUUCUGAUCCAUAUACCCACUGGUAUAUUACAGUAGUCAACUCUGUAUUGGCUGUAACCAGUCUAGCAGUAAUUUUGCGGGGGCCUCAUCCACUCUGAAAUGUGGAUCCUAAAAUCAGCACUGUACUAAGAAAUCCUGGGGGUCAUUUAGGGUUAUGCUGAUUUUAUGAAACGUGGUCAACUUGAUAGAACAGUUGUGGGUUUUUUGUUCAGCAGCAUAUGUUGUCACACGCAUCAAUGGUCAUGGAGAAUUCAAGUGACAGGUGUGUUGCUUUGGUUGCUCUUACAUUUUAACAGCCUUUUGGUCUUGAAUGGACUGGUAUGUGCAACUUCUCCAUUGGAAUAAAAAGGAUACUUCUAUCCUACUGAGUAUUUGAUCAACAGUGUCUUUAAAAUGGCACCAGGUGGAAUGGAAUUGGUAGGUCUACCUUAUAAUCUUGUUUGUUAAAUUUGAGAAUCAAAUUGGGUACAGCUUGGCAUCUAGAUUGGCUAUUUCCUUUCUCUCAACCAGCGAUUCUGAAAAAUCGUAUAUUGCAUGACUGGAGCUGAGUCCAGGACUUCUGGAUGCAAAGUAGCUGAACAAAAUGAGCUUCUACAGUCUAUAUUAAAGACAGACCCUCUUUCAUUUGGACAAUGACAGUUCAGUGCCUGUCACCGGUAACCCUUUGCUGACUAUCUUCAGUAGGAGCCAAAUACAAAACCCUCAAGAUGUCUAAGUGGAGUCAAAGGAAACCAGCCUAGUUGAUUGAAGGUGGUGAAGGUGUGUGUCUCUCACUAUUGACUGUCCAUUCCGCUUUUAAUGUGAAAAGCAGAGUCUGUCGUUUUUAGGUUGAAAUCUAGAUUGUUGCCUUCCAUUGCUCUUUUCCCAGCAUCUCUGCUCAUCCGCAAAUUCUAAACAAACUGAGUCCAGAAGCCAUGUGAGCCUCUUUCUAGAAAACCAUGGGUAAGCCUAGUUCUGUAGGGAGUUUGACCAUGGUGGUUAAACUCAGAUGAAAGACUUGUGAAGACAGGGCUCGUGCCGCCACCUUCACUAUUGUGUCCCAAUCAGGCCAGUGGACAGAGUAAAAGCAUGAUGGGAGUGAAAGCCAUCAGCAGCACAGUUUAUCUUAUGAGACAGGACUUUGUGAGGAGCAGGAUAUAGCCUCACUUAUUGCUGCAGUUUUACAAGUAUGUACAAGGCGCUAAGCUCUGAUUCUAGUAUUAGUCAUCUCACUUUUUCAGUGAAGAUCAUUAAGGUAUUUAGACCUAAAAUUGUACCUGCCCUUAAAAUAGCUACAUUUUGCUGCAGCAGUGCCCCUCCAGAUUAUCAGGUUAAAACACCAGCUGUGUUGGUGAGGACGAAAAUAUGGUUUUACAAUUUUGUGUUCUCCUGGCAAUUGCAACUUAACAGAACUCCUUUACCCAGAGCUGUGCUGCCAAAAAAGAUGCUGUUGUGUGAAAUGCGAGAAGUAAACGGAAAAUGCUGUGUUAGCUUCAAGGGCAUGUUAAAAGGUUUGUCAGAUACCAAAGGAGGAAAUGGGCGUAGUGCCGAUGACAAAAGUUUAACCAAUGCUGUGUUUUUAGCUACAUUUGAGAGUUCCAGCCUCAUUUGUCAAGUGCUGUUUAAUUCCUUACUAAGAGAGAAUUUGGAGCUUUGCUGACCUCUCUGCUACAGCAAGUGAAGUACAAUUAAAGAGUUGGCAGUUCCAUCCUGUUCUUUACCCCCAUCUUUGUUCCCUUUACAGUAAAUGGGACCUUGCUGGUAGCGGAGCCUUUGAAAUCUUACAAAUAAGGAUUUUUUUGUUUAAUUUACCAAAAAUCUCUGCAAUUCACACUCUUAGGGGGGGGGAAAUAUUUGGCAAAGAGAAAAAAAUAGUUGCCUUUAAUUUCCUGAGAGCAAGUCUGAAGCAAUGGGGAAAAAAACAGUACUUAAACAAAAAUUCUUGAGUGUCCUUUCAAUCAAACUAUUGCAUUUUGUUUUUGAUGUUAACUGUACACAAGCAGCAUAGAUUUCUGAUGCUCUCAAACAGGUAUCGUUGCAUUUUACUGAAAGUUUUGAUAGUCUUGCUCAGCUGGUCAGAGUUAUCUAAUCUGAACUGAAAGCCUCCUCCCUCACCAUCCAGUUUCCAUGCUGCUAACGGCUUGAAAAUGCCAUCCUCAAGCUGCCAGACAUUCAAAAUGUUUCCACUGCUGUUUAAUACAUGUGUAUCGGGUUUGUGUUGCAUGUGAAAACCCUCCCAGCCAAUUGAUUGUCUGGUGUCUUAGGCAAAUCAUACGUUAAACAGAGAUCCAGAACUUCUCCAACAGUGUUCAGUUUGUAUAAUAUGUAGCUCCUCUAAUACUUUCUGAUUAUCCUGUUACAAAGUGACUGGGAUUUAGUGACCCUUAACGGGUAUUUUGUAUAUGUCCGCAUAGUGGUAUUUUUAUUGUUUCUAGUAUUGAUGUAUAUUGUACAAAGUUUUUAUAAAACUUUAGAAGCUUGUCAAAAGGAUCAGAAGAGAAUUUUUGGAGUGAAUAGUGUGACUCUUAGCAGAAAUGGGAGCUGCAGGAACAUAUUUCCCUCUUUAUUUCAAUGAGAAGUGUAGAGGACGCUGGAUCCUAGGAAUGGCCUAGCAAGCAUCUGCUCUCCCCUGCAAGGCAGAUUGCUCCUGUACUGGAUAGCAUUGAAGUUUGUGCCGUCUCUCUGUUUAGCAAUCCCUCGGAGCGAUUGGAUGUGAUGGGUAAAUCUCAGUUAUUUCAAUGGUAACCAUUGCCUUU